UUAUGUUCGUGGAACACAGUUUGAAUCCUGUCAGCCCACGAGAGAGGCCACGAGAGAGGCCACGGAGCGGCCAGGUGAAGGCCCUGAGGGGGAGAUGACAAAGGAGGAUGUUUCGGCGCUCGUUGAGGGAGACACCGUGCUGGGCUGGGCCUCUUCCCAUCAGCGGUCGGUCAUCCACCAGGUGGCCUCUGCACCGAUGCCCAGCGACUGUGAGUUCUCCUUCUUUGACCCCAGCGAGCCGCAGUGCAAGGAGGUUCUUCUGGAUCCCAGCACCACCAUACCAGAGCUGUUUGCUGUCCUCAGGCAGUGGGUGCCCCAGGUCCAGAAGAACAUCCACCUCAUCGGCAACGAGAUCCUGAAGAGAGGCUGCGGCGUGAACGACCGAGACGGACUGACAGACAUGAGCCUCCUGCACUACUGCUGCAAGGCCGGGGCCCCGGGCAUCGGUGAUGCAGAUACGUCUGCCGGCUUUGCCCGCCAGCUCCUUGCCCUUGGUGCAGAUCCCAACCUCCGCUCACGCUGGACCAACAUGAGGGCCCUGCACUACGCUGCGUACUUCGACGUGCCCCAGCUUAUCCGGGUCGUGUUGCAGGCCUCGCAGCCCGGAGAGGUAGAUUCCACCUGCAGUGACUUUGACUUCGGCACCGCCCUUCACAUCGCUGCGUCCAACCUGUGCAUAUCAGCUGUCAAAUGUCUCCUGGAGAUGGGAGCCAACCCUGCUUUCAGAAAUGUAAAAGGGCAGUGCCCAGCAGACGUGGUGCCUGACCCCCUCGACAUGCCUUUGGAGAUGGCGGAUGCAGCAGCCGUGGCCAAGGAGCUCCGGACUUUGCUGAGACAGGCUUUACCCAGACCCAGCUCCCCUCUGCCUCUCACACUGCAAGUCCAAUCCCUACCUGUUCUCUCUGACAAGGCCAGGAUACAGCUCGCCACCAUGGGGAUCCGACUGGGGGACCGCGUGGUCAUUGCUGGACAGAAGGUUGGAAGCCUGCGAUUCUGUGGUAGCACUGAGUUCUCUGCAGGCCUGUGGGCCGGAGUGGAGCUGGACAAACCAGAGGGGAAGAACGAUGGCUCGGUAGCAGGGGUUCAGUAUUUCACCUGUCGGAUCAAACAUGGAAUCUUUGCUCCCCUCUCUAAGAUAAGCAAACCGUUGGAACGACCUAAAAGCAGCACCAGAAAGACGUCGACACCCAUACGCCCCCCUCGUCGCAUUGACAUGUCCCGCAUCACCUCCAAGAUAAACACAGGUGUCCUCUCCCGCUCGCUCUCCUCUUCCUCCUCUUCACUGGACUCUCGGCAUGCGCCAGGCCCCCGACCUCGUCCGCUGCCAAGGCAACGACUUCCCGCCAGGCAGCGAAGGGAGCGUGCUUCUCUCAGUCCUAGGCCCACGACCUCGCCGGCCCUCCACCUUUCUCCCAACACCACAGCACUGACUACUGCAGGUCUUCGAAGCCGAACCCAUUCAGCUAGUAGCUCUGUGUUUGGAGGCCCUGAGGUGCGCCUGGGGGAGAGGGUGCUGGUGGUAGGCCAGAGAACAGGUGUAGUCCAGUUCUAUGGAAAGACCAGCUUUGCUCCAGGGCUCUGGUUGGGGAUUGAACUGGACAAGCCAAGUGGAAAGAAUGAUGGAUCAGUGGGAGGAGUGAGGUAUUUCCAUUGCCCACCUAAACACGGAGUCUUUGCUCCUCCGUCUCGUGUUCAAAGGAUCCAUGGAUCUGUUGAUUGCCUUUCAGAGCUCUCCUCCUCGCGCCUCAGUCAUCCUUUCAGCGGGACAAUCCGUCGCAGUUUCAGCACAUCGUCGGCCAUUGCCACCCCCAAGGAGCCGAGCAGAAGAAGUCCUGUUUCCAGAAGUCGCUCCAACCCUCACCGUCGGCGAUGGAGCACCCUCAGCGGCGGUAUCGGUGGUGUUCAAGGGAGCGCAACAGGGUCCAGUCCCACGCCCGGCUCUGACGGACAGGUCUGCCUCCACGUGGGCAUGCAGGUCCUGCUCAGCAGCACAAAUGACAUGGCAUUCAUCCGUUACCUGGGCACAGCGGACUUCGCCUCGGGCCUUUGGCUGGGCCUGGAGCUCCGAAGCCCCAAGGGCAAGAACGAUGGCUCCGUGGGCGGCCGCCGUUACUUCAGCUGCCGACCGGGCCACGGUGUGCUGGUCCGUCCCAGCCGGGUCACCUACCGGGGCAUCAACGGUUCUCGCUUGGUGAAUGAAAACAGCUAAGGACUGUAAGAAUGUGGGAGGGACAUUUGAGAUGUUUUGACCUUCUGUCUGUGUUCAAUUCUUUAAGUUCAAACUUAUCAUUCUUAUUUGCAUUGCGUAUUAUUUCUCAUUCAUAUAGUAAGUACUCUGUACUCUAUUAGAGUUGUCAUGAGUUACAGUAAUAAAUCCACCUAUUAAUAGUUCAAAUUUAAACUACUAGAUUUAUUGUUUGGAAAAAUGUCGGAGGCAAAGAAAGCACUUUAUAGAAUAAACUUUAAAAUCUUAUUAAAACUUGUCUUGGCAGCAUACAGGUGGAAAAAGGUCUUUAGAUAUAAGACACUGCACUACUUUAAUCUGAUUGCACUAAGAAACAAUAUCAAUCAGUAUGAUAGAUCAGAAUAUGAUAAACUGGAUGGUAUGGAUGUGCGCACUUGAAAAACUGUUUCUAAUACCCAAAGCUAAUUUUUAUCACAUCCAAUAGAGAUUUUUAUCAGAUAAUUUAGGUGGUAAUGUAGCCUCGCCCAAACCAAAUGUGUGCAUGUGAUUGUGCGCGUCUGCGUGUGCAUGUGUGUAUUAAUUAGCAGCACUUUGAAACGAGGAAUGGAUUGAUUCUUCCAGGGUCGCCAUACGGCUCUCAGUUAAUUGAAAUUGAGUCGAAACGGUAUUUUCACUUUAUGAAUCAGCGUGAAUUAAACAGGAUUUAAUGAAGCCGAGACCUCCGUCAACCUCGAUCUAAAUGCAACGAUGUCAAGAGAAGUUGUUUCCGUCUACGUACAUCAGUCUCUGCCACAGACGAAUGAAACCUUAAGGACUCUGACUCACUGGAUGUAGACUGGAAGUGUAAGCCUGCCAUUGGCUGCCUGUUUCAGCCGGCAUACUCCUCCCAGUCAGCUAUCUGCUUUGCAAGGGGCACCGUCUGCUGCAUCCCGUUCUUAGCCCCGCCCAAGACAUUUGGGAUUGGUUUUAAGAAAAUACAAACAAGCCAGAGCAAUGUUCAGCAGAAACCCUUUACCAGAACAAUAAUGUUUGGAGCCACAAUCUUCUUACGCUGACACAGCACUAAAGAAGACAAGUCUGACUAUACAAGACUCACCCUUUGCAGAUAAAUCUCCCAUGGGCAGCAAUUUCUCCUUUGGCUAUGAUUCUCUAGCACCAGACCACUAACUUAGUUGGUGCAGUGAAGUCAUUUAGGUACAGAGUGUCUUAGAUAUCACAUUGAAAGUUACCUGAUUUAAAUGCGUCAUAAUAAACCCGACCUGUUUCGGGAAUGAGGAUUUAAACCUCUUCUGACUGAGCAUCAGACCUCCCUUUUUUUUUCAGUACAGUAUGGUGUCAUUGCAUUUGUUGAAGACCACAUAUCAGAGCAGGGGUAAUUGUAUUCUUGACGCUUAAUUAAAGCAGCUUGACACAGGAAAUAUGCAGUCAUCCAGAAGAUUCAAGGGUCUAGAUUGUUAUUUGAUUAGAGCCGUCUGGGCAACUCAGCAGAGAGCAGGCCAUCGAUUGUGCAUGUGGAAAACGGACCCACUAUUCAGCAAAACACUCGGGUAGCAUCCAAUUAAGGCGUGUCGGCCACAACAAGAGGCGCAGAAUCUCCAAUGGACUUCUCUCAUUGAUCUGUCCUGUCAGGCCCCGGUUUGAUUGAAAAGCAGCGGUGGUCAGAGCCCAAGGUUGUCUGAAAUAUCUGUCACAGAGCUAACAGAUGAAAUGAGUGCGCGUUUUCAAAAGUGCAGUCUUUCCAAAUCCAACACUUCCUUCUUAAAAAAAAAAAUAGCUUCUCAUCUGCUUUCAGUCCAUCUCCGUGAUCAUUUCUGAGGCAUUUGUUAGCGUUCCACAUUUCAAAUCUCAUCUUUAGAUAAACUUCACUUACUUUGGUGUAUCUGCAAUCCCAAUUGUAUUACAGCGUGGGUGAUUUCAAAUUCUACUGAUGGGUAUGAAAGCCUUUUGGCACUGUGGUCUUGUGGGUAAUAGAUUUGUUUUCCAUAAAAUCCCUGAGAUGUAUAUUUGAAGUAUGAGUGUGUGAGAAAGGGAAUUGGUCUGAAGUGAAGUGUUGUGGAAAAUAACAUAAUUUGUAAAAACGGCAAAUAAAAGAUUCUAUUCUAAUUUGACCUCUUAUCACCACGAUUCUCUAUUUCUUCUUUUGCUCCGUGCCUUGAUCGAGUGUUGCUGCACUAAUGAAAAACAGGUUUUCUUGACUUCCUUGGACUGUUCAUAAAGUGCAGAGGAGUGUUGCCUUCAGGGAAUGACAAUGAAAUAGCACAAGCACUCUGAAAUGGUUACAUGUCUGUUCACUUACCAUCUGAUUCCACUGGGCCUCAUCCCAGCCAAAGCUUUAAGAAAAAAAAAAAGAAAAAAGGCUGCUGCUGGAGUGGCUUUGUUUGCUUACCGCCAGCCUGGGCGCACAAAUUCAGGGUUGAGUGUGGCUGACAUACUCUAUUAUGCCAUGAU